CCACAUUUAUUCCUUGUUUACAAGCGUAUAUAGACGAGCAUAGCCAAACGUGCCCUGCAAGUAACCUUUUCCUAUAUGUUGAGUUGAGCCUUUCAUAUGUUUCUUUUAUCGGCUAUAAUAACCCUUAAUUGGUCCUCUAUCGAUCUCUUCUUUUCUUCGUGAGCAAGAACCAGCAGUUUGGGAUAUCAGGAACUAUUCAAUCAUUGAAUCAGAAGAAGGAAAAAAAGCUGAUAUUGUAGGAGGAAGUAGAAGCGAAAAGGGUUCUGAAAAUUUGUGGUAUAUAUCAUUAGAAGUUAACAAAGAAAGAUGAAAUGGUGCAAUGACUCUGAUAAGGAGAAGGGCAAUAAAUAUUUAAUCACGCCCACGAAUACUCCUAAAGCUAUCAUCAAUCUCACAGAAGGAAUUCAUACAAUAAAAUGCCCCUCAUGUAGCCAUAACACGGAUGUCAGAGAUCAGGGUGGAAUUCAUGGAUUGCCGGCUGGAGUGAAGUUUGAUCCAAAUGACCAAGAAAUACUGGAGCAUUUGGAGGCCAAGGUAGUGUCUGAUGUGUGCAAGCUUCAUCCCCUUAUUGAUCAGUUCAUACCAACGCUUCAAGGCGAUAAUGGAAUCUGCUAUACACACCCAGAAAAGCUACCAGGAGUUAGCAAAGAUGGGCAGGUCCGCCACUUCUUUCACAGGCCUUCUAAAGCAUACACAACAGGAACAAGGAAAAGAAGAAAGGUUCACACUGAUGAUGAAGGAAGCGAAACUAGAUGGCACAAAACAGGGAAAACUAGAGCUGUUUUUGCUGGUGGUGGUGCAGUGAAGGGUUUUAAAAAGAUUAUGGUACUCUACACCAACUUUGGCAGGCAAAGGAAGCCUGAGAAGACCAAUUGGGUGAUGCAUCAAUACCAUCUUGGCAGUAAUGAAGAAGAGCAAGAUGGAGAAUUAGUUGUUUCAAAGGUCUUCUACCAGACACAACCUAGACAAUGUGGUACUUCCAUUAUAAGAGAUCCUCCAUAGUGAAAGCUCCCCACAACCUAUUCCAGACUUGGGGAUGUCCAAGGUGAUGGUUCUUUUUAUUGGACUAGCGACGGAAGCAAGCAAAGCAAGAGUGGAGAGAGUAACACUGGAAGAGCUUAACAAUGAUAUAUAUAGGCCAUGACUUUGUAUUUUAGUCUAAACCAUUGAUGAUUAGAUCUAACGGUCGUGAGUUAUUCUUAGGUUCUCGUACAAAAACAUCAUUCUUAUAAGAUAAAUCCUCUCUCUCUCUAUAUAUAUAUAUAUAAUAUAUAAUAUGUUGAUUUUACUUUAUGGCUAAUUGACAGUAUUUAUUCAUGGGACCAUAAUGAAUGAAAUUCAAGGUUGAAGAUCAGGGGAGAUACAUAUGGUGGACAUGUUCAAAUAUAUAAUAUAAUUGACCCUGACUAUACCUUGUUAAAUUUCUAAGCAAAAGUGGGUAGUGGUGUCAAAAUGGGCUUGGUCUUUGGCCAGCCCAUUUAACUUACACUCUUUCUUA